AUGGAAGAUACCGCACUUAUGGGAUAUUUUCAUUUUAUAAGGUAUCUACAUGCGGCAACCACACCAAAACUUCGGUUUGCAUUUGAAAUAUUUUCAUUGAUCGUCAUUUCAUUAUUUGUUUCAACUUUAUUUGUUAUGCAUAAUCAAUUUGUUGGAAAGUCAGAUUGUUUAAAACUACCAAAUAAUACAAGAUUUGAUAUACUGUCAAUUGAAAUUAAAGGAGAAACAUCAAUAUUUAGUAGACAACAUAUUUAUAAGAAAUCAACAACAACAACAGAAACAACACCUACAACAACAACAACAACAACAACAACAGUGAACAAUGAUAUUGAUCAACAAUCAUAUAAUAAAUAUUUACAAGUUUUAAAAGGUGCUGUUGAUAAACAUGAACCUUGUAUUUAUGAUGAAAAUUAUGAUAAUGAUAAUGAUAAUGAUAUAGAUAAAGAUUCGGUUACAACAGCAACUACUACCACUGCAGCAGCAGCAGCAGCAGCAGCAGCAGCAACAACAACCACUACUACAACUUCACUUAUAACAGAAUCAACCUAUUUUAAAACAGCAAUUGAAUUUAUCAUUGAUUUAAUUAGACAAAUGUAUCAUAGUUUAUAUAAUUUUAUUAGUAUAUUUUUCAAUUCACAAUUUGACGAGUAUGAUCAACAAUAUAAGAAAGAUCGUUUAGAGAGAGAACAUUUAAAAAGAUUAAAAGAAGAAUUAAAGAAACACAUUAAAGAUAUUGAUAGAAAUCAUGUUAAUUUUGAAAAAUUGCAACAUCAUCAACAGCAACAAUUACAACAACCACAACAACAACAACAACAACAACAACAACAACAACAACAACAACAACAACAACAACAACAACAACAACAACAACAACAAGAGAGAGAGGAAAAAAAGGAAAAAGAUAAACAGCAUAACAAUAAUCAUCAUAAUAAUGGUAUUGGUAGUGGUGUUUUAAACGAUUUAAAUGAUAUUGUUCAAUAUUUUAUAGAUUCACAUAAUCCAAGGUAUGAAUUUAGUUAUCAAAAUGCAUUCUUAAUGUUAACAACUGAACAAAGGAAUAAAUUCAAUAUUACAACAUUACACAUUGACAUAAAUGCGAAUGAUCAAUGUUUAGGUAAUGGUUUUCAUAAAGCUAUAAUUGGAAUGUUAGGAUACGAUAUUUUAAUUAUCAAUAAUUUAGUUUAUGGCUUUCCACUAAUUCCAAAUAAUAAUAUCAAUAACAACAAUAAUAAUAAUAAUGGUAGAGGCGGUUAUUUAAGAAUUGCUGGUAAUUCACAAUUAAUUAAUUUAUAUCAAUAUUCAUCACCAAAGUUAUCAUUAAAUAAUGAAAGUAUACUUUAUAUUGGUUAUCGUUUCUUUGAGACUAAUUUCAUCUUCUUUUUAACUUUAAUUGUAUUUGGUUCAAGUUUAAAACUUUGUGAGAGUAGUUUUGCCCAUUAUGUUGACCGUGAUCCAAGGGGUGUAUUAAAAUGUAUGCUUCAUAAUUUAUUGAUUUUCGCUUUAUUUAUAUUUAUCCAAAUUGGAUAUAUAUCAAUAUUUUCAAUUAUAUUAUCAACAGAAUAUUUAGUAUUUUUCAUUAGUUCAUUGAUUACAAGUUAUUUUUCAACAUGGGGAUUAAGAUCAAAAGAAAGUAUAAGAUAUUAUCCAAUUAUAUUUCUUUCAAUAUUAUAUGGUUUAAUAUUGUAUGUCGUAUUCUUUCCUUCUGGUUUCCAUCCAAUUGCAUUCUAUGCUUGCUAUUCUUUAAUUGAAUACCUUUUGAUAAUUUGUUUAUUCAACUUUGAAAUACCUGCUGUCUUAAAUAAUAGAAUAUUACCUAAUAAUCAAAAUAAUAACAAUCAAAAUAAUAACAAUCAAAAUAAUAAUAAUAAUAAUCAAAAUAACAAUCAAAAUAAUAAUAAUAAUAAUAAUAAUAAUAAUAAUAAUAAUAAUAAUAAUAAUAAUAAUAAUAAUAAUAAUAAUAAUAAUAAUAAUAAUAAUAAUAAUAAUAAUAAUAAUAAUAAUAAUAAUAAUAAUAAUAAUAAUAAUAAUAAUAAUAAUAAUAAUCAAAAUAAUAAUCAAAAUAAUAAUAACAACCAAAAUAAUAAUAAUAAUAAUACUAAUAUUAAUAAUCAUAAUAAUAAUAAUAUUAAUAAUCAAAAUAAUAUUAAUAAUACUCAAAAUGAAAAUCAAAAUAAUAACAAUCAAAAUGAUGGAAAUAAUCAAAAUAUUUAUAAUGUUCCAAUAAAUCAACAAACAAUUGUAAAUAAUAGUAGUCAAAGACGUUUAGCUGCUAGUGCUAUUUUAAAUAACAGUAAUGAAAUGUAA